UUUAUAACUAGAAAUAUUAUAUAUUCCUUUCUUAUAUAAAGUAACUUCAAAUCACUGAACAUGUAAACUAAUCACGAGUUGUUCUGUCUCUUUUCUUUUCUUUUUCGUUACUUCAAUUUCACUGUUAACGGGAGUGUACCCCUCUUACCUUACCUAGGUAUACAAGAACUCGAACCCCGCAACCACAGCUGAGACCUACCGUUUUCAUACUACAUACAUAUUAUCUACCUAUACAUUCCGUACUGGGAGGUCUUGGUUUUUUGAAGUUACAUACAAGGUUUUGAAUUCGUUUCGUAUAUUAUAUAUAUAAUUCUUAAUUCGGUUAUAUUCUUCACCGUGUGUCGUCAUUCAACUGCAGCACGAGAUGGGAUCUCUCGACACUAAGGAUGAGCUGACCGUGCUGGUCACCGGCUUCGGGCCUUUUAAGGAACAGUAUCCCGUAAACCCAGCCUGGGAGAUCACGUCCUCACUUCCGGAUUACCUACCUCCUAAUCGGGCUAAGGAUCCUGCGUCUUCCCGCUCGUCGGAUGCACCACCCCUACCCGCCGUCCGGAUCCUGAAACACGGCCCGGUCCGCGUCAACUACGAGGUCGUCCGUGACACCGUCCCUAAGCUUUGGGAUAAUACGGAGCGUAAGCUCGAUUACGUCAUUCAUAUCGGUAUGGCCGGCCCCCAACACGUGUAUGCGAUUGAGAGGCGGGGCCAUCGCGAUGGCUAUGAUAAGAAGGACGUUGAUGGUGAACUUCUUGGUGAUGAGCAGAGGAGGAAGAGGGAGGGCGAUAAAUGGAUAUGGAAUGAUGUUCCCGCGGAACUUUUGACAGACUUGGAUAUUGACAGUAUUCACCAGAAAUGGGUUGAAUACAGCCCGGACAACCUCAGAUUGAAAGUAUCAGAGGAUGCGGGGCGUUAUCUAUGCGACUUCAUCUACUUCUCUAGCCUGGCGCACUUGUACAAACAGGAACGACCACGGAAGGUAAUCUUCUUCCAUGUGCCCUUGCAUUCCGACCAGGACUCUCUGGUUCGCGGGAAGGAACUUGCUAUACAGUUAAUCCGGUCGGUAUGCGAGGUUGGACUCGAGAAAUCUGCGUCUUGAAGUUGUGUAGUCGGUGAGUGAUUGAGUGGGUGGUUAGUUUGUCACAUAGCGUUUCGUGUUUUUGUAUGUAAUGGCAGCGGUAAAUAGUCGAUAGCGUUGAAUGUGUGAAUCAUUGUACUCUUGCUUGGAACUAUUUCGGGGCAAGCAAAACGAACGAAGGGAAGUGCUCUUCAUUUUCACUCUCAAUACGCCUAAAAAUCAUGUUACCCCCACCCUCCGGAAUAUCAUCAAAUUCCAAUUAGAUAUACGAAUAAUCAUUAUUAUUUUAUGUAAUUAAUAGUAUUCCGAUAAUUAAUGUAAGCAAAGUUUAGCAAGCAAAGACUAAUUCAUAUUCGG